AUGCGCAUCCACGAGAGCGGAAUUGACCACAAUUCCGAUACAGCCACGACAGCCAACAUAUCCACCAUGCCCAGACGCAUCCUCGCUCCACCGUCACACGCGCCGACCACCACCACCAACACCACCGCUUCCUCUACAGCCGGCACCGACACCGCUGACCUCUCAUGCCCACAUUGUCCACGCACCUUCACCUCACGCAUCGGCCUGGUGGGUCACUUGCGAAUCCAUCGCACAGAGACUGGCGAACCAGUGCCUGGAGCACCAACCUACACCCACCGCACUCGCCUCCACUGCCCACACUGCCCUCGCACCUUCACGCAUCGCAUGGGUCUAUUCGGCCACAUGCGCAUCCACGACGACCUGCGGUAG